AUUCAAUUACUAUUGUAUUUUCAAUUAUUUCAUGACAUCUGCAUGGUUAUCUUCGGUUCUUCUUGCCAUCUCCUCGAGCUGACUGUAGUAUGGACGGUGAAGAGUUAAUGGAGGUCGACGAUGCAAGGGGUAAUGAAGCAGCAGCAGCCUCCAGUGGAGAGCCCAAGGCGAAGAAAUCCGGGAGUGGUGGAUAUCAGUUACCCUGGGUUGAGAAAUAUCGUCCAACAUUGUUGAAACAAAUUGUUGGAAAUGGUGAGACCAUCAGUCGAUUGGAAGUAUUCGCGCAGGAGGGGAAUGUGCCCAAUAUUAUUAUAGCCGGUCCGCCGGGAACUGGUAAAACUACCAGCAUCCUCUGCUUAGCACGUGCACUGCUUGGACCUUCGUUUCGUGAAGCUGUUCUGGAAUUGAAUGCUUCCAAUGAGCGUGGAAUUGAUGUCGUCAGAAACCGCAUCAAGAAUUUCGCACAGAGAAAGGUUACUCUCCCGGCCGGCCGGCACAAAAUCAUAAUUCUUGACGAGGCGGACAGCAUGACGGAUGGAGCGCAGCAAGCGCUGCGGCGAAUCAUGGAGAUCUACAGCAAGUCGACACGUUUCGCUCUGGCGUGUAACACGUCGGACAAGAUCAUCGAACCCAUCCAGUCGCGCUGUGCCAUGCUGAGAUAUGGCAAGCUGUCCGAUGCUGAGCUGCUCACGCGCCUGGUCGAGGUGUGCAAUGCCGAGAACACGCCGCGCACGGAUGACGGACUUGAAGCGCUGGUCUUCACUGCGCAGGGAGACAUGCGGCAGGCGCUAAACAACCUGCAAUCAACGUACUCUGGGUUCAGUCUUGUCAACAGCGAAAAUGUGUUCAAGGUCUGUGAUGAGCCACAUCCACUUCUUGUUCGCAAGAUGCUUCAGCACUGUGCUGAUUGCCAGCUGGACGAAGCGUACCAGAUCAUGAGUCACCUUUGGCACCUGGGAUAUUCCCCUAUCGACAUCAUCACGAAUUUGUUCCGUGUUGUCAAAACCAUGAGCCUUGCCGAAUAUCUGAAGUUGGAGUUUAUCAAAGAGAUUGGUCAGACUCAUCUUCGCAUCUCAGAAGGCGUCAACUCUCUUUUGCAGAUGAGCGGUCUUCUGGCUCGUCUUUGUCAGAAAACACAACCGUCGCCAGCGGCCACCUCUUGAUUCUGCAGCCAGUUUCGCUGGUCCUUGCCCUGCUCCCGCUGUGAAUAGCUUCAGAAUGUACAUAGUUGUUUAAUUAUAUUGCUGUUCUUGACUUUUCCGCACGAAACUCACACUAAAAAACAGUCCCUCCAUGAACACAUUUAGAAAAGAUUGUCUGCUUCUCUUUGUCUGUCCACAUGAAACAAUCCUUUUGUAAGUUGGCGAAUGCCUCUCCAUUGCUUAUCAUUCUGCUGGGUUUCUUGUUUAUUUUUUCAUGCAUGGUUUUAGAUGAAACUCGGAUGUUCUCAUACAUAUUUUUUUAUUCCUUCCUUGCCUCCUAAUCCUCUUCUCUCUCUUUUUUUUUUAAGACCAUGGAUAUUAUCUGCCUCCGGCACUCUGUUUUCAAAUCUAAAAUUUAAUGGCCUUGCUUCAAGGUCCAUUGCUGAGGACUUUCUAUUUCCACAUCCAUUGUUGUUGUCUGCUUUGAGAUGAGACAAUUAGUACACGUA